ACGGUUUGAAAGAAGUGUUGCCUUGCGGCUUAUUAUUUUCACGAAUAUUUGAUUUCUGAGGCUUUAUUACGCCGAUAUGUGCAUUUUUCUGAGUUGGUAUUAAUGAGGAGAACAGGAUAAGAUGUCUGGCACUGCAGUGUCGAUGACUCCUCCCUUGACGCCUCCCGUAGAAGGCACAGGGGAGGAGGUGAUGGAUUCCGACAGCUUGGACUACAUGGACUUCUUCAUCAAUGACAUGGAAUUGUCGCCUGUAAAGGAGGAGAAAGCUACAGUUAGUGUGUUGAACGAAGGCCCAGUAUUGUUUUCAUGUUCGGGAGAAGUCCGCUGGUCCGACAGCUUUGAUGACACAUCUUGCAUAGGUCGCAGAUGCCUUGCCAACCUCCUGCAGUUCAAGAAUCCAUGUUCUGAUGCACUUUUAGCUCCAGAGAUUGUAUUUCAUCUUCCUUGCACAGCUGACAAUUUGCACUACAGAUUGGACCAUUUUUUCUUAGCAACACGACAAGGAGUUACAGAGCUCGAGAGGGGUGCUCAAUCUAGCCUGUGUGUAAGCCAAAGCUGCUAUGAUAUACAGUACCCAAAGAUACGCAAAGAUAUAACUACGUUCUUCAACAGUUUAGUGUCUUACGUGUAUAGUCAGAGUGGGGAUGAACACAGAGAAUUUCUGUUGCAAGUUGUGACGGAGGUGUUGGAAACUCUCCUGUUUUUGGGUCCAUUACAUGAAUUGCCGGAGCAUGUAACAUCUGCCAGCUCGCCACAAGGCAAUAAGUGCCCUCUGCAGCCUACCACUUGCUUCACCUCCAUUUGGAUAUUCGAUGGUGGAGUGUAG